AUGGAUGACGCUCUGCUAGAUGGCAAUUCUUCUCUAAAUCCACCUCCAGCACCCACUGAGCGUCCUCCAACCCCUCCGCCACCGCCUAUUGACGAUUCCGUUCUCCCUCCGCCGCCACCUCUAGAUCCUCUUGCGCCACCUCCACCACCGGAAGAUGUUCCUCCACCGCCGCCAGUUGAGCAGGUGAAGAAGAAGAAAGUAGGAUGGGGAAGCGGGAAGCCGAGUACUCCUUUAAGUGUGGAGGAGCUGUUAAGGAAGAAGAAGGAAGCAGAUUAUGCAGCUUCGAGGCCCAAAUUUCUUAGCAAAACUCAGAGGGAGAAGAUUGCUUUGGAGAAACGAGCGAAGCAGAUUGAGAAUGAAAAACGGAUGAAGGCUGUUAACACGAAUGGGGUCGUUUUUCCAAAAUCGAUUGGUACCCCCCGAGACUCGAAUGGCAUUUUGUCAUCACGGCGAUCUGAUGAAAACGCUGGAAAUGCGAAAUUUACGGUUCCCACUGCGCCGCGCGCACUUAGACGUGAUAUACCUACUGGCCCAGCCGCUAUGCGUACUUCGCAAUCAAGAAAUGUCGACUCGCGUGCGGGGAACAAACCAUCGUCAGAAUCAGCUGCCACCAGUGAGAAGAGGGUAGCUCCGGAAGAAGCUCAAGCUUUGCUUAUUAGGCAACGAUAUAUGGGCGCAGAUCAGACUUCGAAUUUCUCUGCUAAGAAAAAAAGAAGACGUACAACGGAGCGGAAGUUCAACUUUGAAUGGAAUGCGGAGGAGGACACUAGUCCUGACUAUAAUCCGCUGUAUCAAACCCGGUCUGAAGUGAACUUCUUUGGUCGUGGCCGCCUUGCUGGGUUUUCAGAUGACGUUGUCGACGGCGCCGCGAAACGGUACGCGAGAGCACUUGAAGAUAGAGAUCUAGAAGCUGGUCGCGCGAGAGCGCGAGAGAUCCUCGAAAUGGAGAGACGAAGGAAAGAGGAAGGCGGCCGAAAUGCCCUGGAUUUACAUUGGAGUCAAAAGAAGCUGGAACAGAUGCGAGAAAGGGAUUGGAGAAUUUUCAAAGAAGAUUUCAAUAUCAGCACAAAAGGUGGCAGUAUACCAAAUCCUAUGCGAUCGUGGGGAGAAUCCGGAUUACCGAAAAGGUUGCUUGAGAUUAUCGACAAGGUUGGGUACAAAGACCCUUCUCCCAUCCAGAGAGCCGCUAUCCCAAUUGCAUUACAAAAUCGAGAUCUUAUUGGAGUUGCUGUCACUGGUUCCGGUAAAACUGCCGCUUUUCUACUUCCCCUUCUUGUCUACAUUGCUGAACUACCUCGCCUCGACGAGUUUGAGUGGAGGAAAAGCGACGGGCCUUAUGCUAUUAUCUUAGCGCCCACUCGUGAAUUGGCGCAGCAAAUUGAAAACGAAGCCAAAAAGUUCUGUGGCUCCUUGGGAUUCAAUGUCGUUAGUAUUGUUGGAGGCCAUUCGUUAGAGGAACAAUCAUUCAGCCUUCGAAAUGGUGCCGAGAUUAUUAUUGCCACUCCUGGUCGUCUAGUGGACUGUAUCGAACGACGUAUUCUUGUUCUCAGCCAGUGUUGCUACGUGAUCAUGGACGAAGCCGACCGCAUGAUUGAUCUUGGUUUUGAAGAGCCUGUGAACAAGAUUCUCGAUGCUCUUCCAGUUUCGAAUGAAAAGCCAGAUACGGAUGAAGCAGAAGAUCCACGUGCAAUGAGCCAGCAUAUUGGAGGUAAAGACCGUUAUAGACAAACUAUGAUGUACACGGCCACCAUGCCCUCGGCGGUUGAACGUAUUGCCAGGAAGUACCUUCGGCGGCCAGCAAUAGUUACUAUUGGCAAUGUUGGUGAAGCCGUCGAUACCGUUGAGCAGCGUGUUGAGUUUGUUUCCGGUGAGGAUAAGAAGAAGAAACGCCUCGCAGAUAUUCUUGCCUCCGGCGAAUUCCAACCUCCAAUUAUUGUUUUCGUUAAUAUAAAGAGGAACUGUGAUGCCGUUGCAAGGGAUAUUAAACAGAUGGGGUUUUCUGCAGUUACUCUGCAUGGUAGCAAAACCCAAGAGCAGCGAGAGGCAGCGCUGGCGUCCGUGCGCAAUGGAAAUACAGACGUUCUUGUUGCCACGGAUCUUGCAGGACGUGGUAUCGAUGUUCCGGACGUUAGUUUGGUUGUCAACUUCAACAUGGCAACUAAUAUUGAGAGCUAUACGCAUCGUAUUGGCCGGACAGGUCGUGCAGGCAAAAGUGGUAUCGCCAUUACUUUCCUUGGGAACGAAGAUUCUGAUGUCAUGUAUGAUCUCAAGCAAAUGCUUAUGAAGUCUUCGAUAUCUCGCGUCCCUGAGGAACUACGCAAGCACGAAGCUGCCCAAUCCAAGCCAAGUAAAGCUGGUGGUGGCCAGAAGAAGCUUGAAGAUAGUGGUGCGUUUGGAGGUAAGAGUGGAGGUGGAGGAUGGUAG